AUGGCUGAGGCCACAACACAUACCGACAAUGUGCAGUACGACUUCACCGGGGUUACACUCAAGGAUGUGAUUCCCAAGCGAGAUAAGCCAUGGUGGAGAGACAGACGGCUUAUACAACUCAAUACACUCUUGCUCUGCGCUCUUCUUACUCAAACCGCCCAAGGAUUCGAUGCAAGCAUGAUCAACGGUAUGCAGGCGUUGCCAGCAUGGAUUGAGACUUUUGGUGCCCCCAAGGGAACUCGUCUGGGUGCAAUGACUUUUGGACCUACCGGAGGAGUAUUGAUCUCCAUCUUGGUCUCAUCGCAAUUGUGUGACCUGCUGGGUAGACGAUGGCCAAUUUUUGGUGGAUCGAUCAUCAUCGUUAUUGGGUCCGUGAUCCAGGCUGCGUCUAUCAAUUACGGCAUGUUUGUCUUCUCUCGCUUCCUUGUUGGCUUCGGCCUAGGUAUCGUUUCAGUUGCUGCUCCUCCAUUGCUUUCAGAAGUGGCGUAUCCUACUCAUCGGAGUAAACUGGUGUCCUUCUACCUGGUAUCGUGGCCAUUAGGGUCUCUCAUUGCCGCGUGGGUCACCUACGGUACUUUCCAAAUGACCCACUCGUCAUGGAGCUGGAGAUUGCCUAGUCUCUUGCAGUGCUCUUUCUCCUUGGUGCAGGCAGUCCUGAGUUUGUUCGCACCCGAGUCUCCACGAUGGCUCAUUUACAAAGGCCGCAGCCAAGAAGCGCUUGACAUUUUCGUCAAAUAUCAUGGAGACGGCGAUCCAAAUUCACGUCUCGUACACUUUGAAAUGGCAGAAGUCACUGCAACACUUCAAAUAGAAAAGAUGCAAAAUAUGUCAAGAUGGAAAGAAUGGAUUUCCACCAAGGGAAAUAGACAUCGCUUGUUCUUGGCACUCUAUAUUCCCGCAAUGCUCCAAUGGUCAGGCAAUGCGCUCACCUCCUACUACUUGACCGAGGUACUCAAGACAAUUGGUAUCACCGAACACAAAACGCAGCUCAUUAUCAACGGCUGUCUAUCUAUCUGGAGUCUGAUGACUGCCAGUUUCUUUGCUCUCUUUGUUGAUCGCGCGGGUCGGCGCGGCCUCUAUCUUAUCGGAAUGAGCGGCAUGGGGGUCGCAUACUUGAUCUGGACCAUCUGUUCUGCGAUCAAUCAACAGAAGAAUUUCAAGGACCAUGGUUACGCGGGCGGUGUUCUAGCGAUGAUAUUUGUCUUCUCGGCUUUUUAUCACGCCUGCUCUCCAGUCUCACCUACCUACAUUAUGGAAAUCACCCCUUACAGCCUACGCUCGAAAGCGUCGAUGCUGUACCAGCUGACUGGAAAUUUGGCGGGUAUUUAUAACAGCUUUGCCAAUCCAGUGGCUAUGGAGGCCAUUGGAUGGCGUUACUAUAUCGUUUGGGUUGUGGUCAUCUUUUUCAACCUGACCAUGAUCUUCUUCUUCUUCCCCGAAACCAAGAACCGCGGCCUGGAAGAAGUGGCUGAGGUAUUCGACGGUCCAAAUGCUGCAUCUGGAGCGAAUGCCAUGAAACAACUGGGACUUGAUGUGAAUGCACAAAACGCAGUUGAAAUAGGUCGAGAUACAAAGCUUGCGGUGGAACAAGUCGAGCGUGUUUAA